CAAACCUGUGUAUAAAGCUUCGCUUUUCCCAGUUUCCCCUAAAGAGCUAAUCGGCAAAUUUAUAAAGCUUCGCUGUUCCGCCGCAUCCGCUCCUCAAUUAGUCCUCCAUGGCACUCCAGGCCUCCUCUUUCCUCCCAUCCGCUCUCUCCGCACAUAAAGAGGGGAAGGCCAAUGGUGGACUCAAGGACUCGGCUUUUUUGGGAGUUAAUCUCUCUGAGCACCGGAUGAAGUCCAGCUUCAGUUCACCUCUGCUUACAAGUGGCAAGCGCCUAAACGCAUCGACCAUUAUCAGAGCACAGACGGCAGCAACAGCCUCCCCAGCCAUCAACAAGGCCUCGCCUGAAGCCAAGAAAACGCUGAGAAAGGGAAAUGUCGUGAUCACAGGAGCCUCAUCCGGCCUAGGCCUUGCCACCGCCAAGUCACUGGCAGAGACCGGCAAGUGGAAUGUCGUGAUGGCCUGCCGUGACUUCCUCAAGGCCGAGAAGGCUGCAAAAUCAGCCGGCAUGGCGAAGGAGAACUACAGCAUCAUGCACCUCGACCUAGCCUCCCUCGACAGCGUGCGUCAGUUUGUACGCAAUUUCCGGCAGUCUGGAAUGCCGCUUGACACAUUGGUUUGCAAUGCUGCUGUCUACUUCCCCACGGCCGGUGAGCCCACCUACACUGCCGAAGGCUUCGAGAUGAGUGUGGGGGUCAAUCAUAUCGGCCAUUUCUUGCUUGCACGAGAGCUGCUCGAGGAUAUGAAGCAGUCUGAUUAUCCCUCUCGACGCCUGAUCAUUGUUGGCUCCAUCACAGGAAACACAAACACACUGGCCGGCAACAUUCCACCAAAGGCCAACCUUGGAGAUCUUCGAGGGCUUGCAGGCGGGCUAAAUGAGACGACAGGGUCGGCGAUGAUUGACGGUGGCAAGUUUGACGGAGCUAAGGCUUACAAGGACAGCAAAGUUUGUAACAUGCUGACAAUGCAGGAAUUCCACAGGCGAUAUCAUGAGGACACAGGCAUAAGCUUCGCUUCCCUCUACCCUGGCUGCAUUGCCACAACCGGCCUCUUCAGAGAACACAUUGGUCUCUUCCGCACCCUCUUCCCUCCUUUCCAGAAAUAUAUCACCAAAGGCUUCGUCUCUGAAGAAGAAGCAGGCAAUAGGCUGGCACAGGUGGUUAGUGAUCCGAGCUUGACCAAGUCUGGUGUGUACUGGAGCUGGAACAAGAACUCUGCGUCAUUUGAGAACCAGCUCUCGCAGGAGGCAAGUGAUGUGGAAAAGGCUCGAAAGGUGUGGGAGAUGACCGAGAAGCUGCUCGGACUAGCUUGAUGGCUGUUGCUUUUCGUCGCUGAUAUCUUUGCUGUUUCUUUAGCUUGCUUCUAGUUUAGUGGUGUGAAUCGUGUAGUCAUCAAUGGCGAGUGAGGCCAGAACCUGUUGUAGCUGCUGCAGCAGCAUUUUGUGAAUUUUGUUAUGGUAGUAUUAGGUGUACUAGAGAAUAAAAAGGAGUGCAAGCAUCUAUAUUUCCCAGGCAUAACAAAGAUGCCAUUUUUCCUUAACCAGUUUUUGUUGGAAA